AUGGCAGCUGCUGCAAAGGCUCCGAUGUCAUACGGGCCACCAAAAUCCCACGUCCUGGACGAAUUAGUUAUGGGAACAAAUAGCAGCAGUAUCGUCUCUAAGCGCAGCGUGGAGAAGCUGUAUUUCCCCGAAGAACCACAUUACUUCCGCUAUUUCGUGAAAAAGUUUCAGAGACGUGCACCGCUCAUCAAUCGAGGAUACUGGCUGAGACUCAGGGCCAUUGAUGUCGUGGUUAGACAGUUUCUAUUCGAGAACCGAACCACCAAAAAAAUUGUGAUCAAUCUCGGGUGUGGCAGCGACGUUCUCCCAUGGCAAUCACACGCUCGACAUGCCUUGCUCUGCGACGAUGUAUUAUUUGUGGAUGUAGACUAUCCUGACUUGAUGCUCAAAAAGCGAUCAAUAGUGCUGGAAACACCCCAGCUGCGAGAAAUUUUGGGUGAAAAUUUUGUCGUUAGCCAAUCGGAUGAGGAUCAGAUUCUCCUUCGAAGUGAUCGAUAUUGUCAAAUCGGGUGUGAUCUUCGAGAAAUUUCAAGACUGAGACAUUCGUUAGAGACGCUUUCUCCUUUAGCUGACUGCCAUGUGCUAUUUGUCGCAGAAGUAUCCAUCACCUAUAUGGACACAAAGUUUGCCGAUGCUUUGAUUCACUGGUCAAGUAGUGUUGGGAAAGCGGAAUUCUGCCUUCUAGAGCAAUUAUUGCCCCAUGGACCGGACCAUCCGUUUGCGGCAACCAUGCUCAGUCACUUUGACAAACUCAAGACACCACCAAAAUCAGUGAGCAAAUAUCCAACCCUUGCCAAGCAAGUCAGUAGAUUCACGGGCCUGGGCUACACAAAUAUCAAUAUUUGGGACCUGUGGGAAGCUUGGUCAAGCGCAAAAUUCGUAAGCAGCUCUGAAAGAUCGGCCUUAGACAACAUAGAACCCUUUGACGAAUGGGAGGAGUUCGUAUUAUUCGGACGACACUACUUUAUUCUUCAUGCUUCGGCCACGCAUCAACAGGAGAAGAUACCAUUCUCACCAAAAUACAAUCACAAAGAGCCGUGUGAAAAAGAAAGCAUAUUUCCCGUUUCAAUGGUCAAGCAUGACGUACAAACAUCGAAGAGGCGAUUUGGCGACAUACUCGCAAUCACGGAUCCCACUGGAGCCGCAUAUGCUGUUCAUAUAAUGGGAUUGGGAACAGCUGGCAGAGAAGAAUCACACGAUAUCUACAGUCUCGAUGGAAAAAUGGAUAUGCCCAUUGUUCCCAUUACUGGACCGCCCCCGCGCAUGUGCCACUCGAUAACUGACUUGGGAGACUAUGGCAUGCUUUUGGUCGGUGGUCGCACUUCCCCGGCCAAUACUUUAUCGGACUGCUGGGUUCUUCAUAAAGGGCCGUUGUGUAAAUGGGUACCUACCUCAAGCCUUCCAAUCCCAUUGUUCAGACACGCAGCAAUUCGCCUCCGCGGCAGUUCUCUGGCCCUUAUCGUAGGUGGCAAAACGGGACCAUCCACAAUCUCGGAAGACUGCUAUGUUUUCCAUGCGACGAAAGGGUGGUCGAAAUGUGCAAUCUUGGGAGAAGCACCCGGACCUCUGUUUGGGGCGGUGCUGUGCAAUUCACCUGCUCGCCUCGCAUCCGGUGGCAUAUUUACCGGCCUGCUCGCUGGUGGGAUCGGGCAAGAUGGUUUGAUAAGUUCAAAGAAGUAUAGGUGGAAGCUCGAUAAUAAUGACUCACAGCCAACCAUUCGAUUUACCAAGCAUGAGGAGGAGUUCGAUCAACUCGAUGAUCUUGCGGUUUUUGGAGCGAAAACAGUUAAUCUAGAGUCACAAACAUUGGUAUGUGGAGGAGUAGGAGCGUGCUCCAGGUCACAAGGUCAAAGCAUCCUUAUGGUAUACAUGCCCGAUAAUGAUGCGUAUGCUGUGUCCAAGAUGGGCACUUGCCCUGAGGGCAAGGCUCUGCCAUUUAUGGUCGGAUCAGCCAUAAUGGAGGCCAAAGACAGCAUUGUGAUACUUGGCGGUGGAGCCACGUGCUUCUCAAUGGGUACUUUUUGGGAAACUGGAGUCUUCCAACUCUCCUUCAAGGGCAAAGAAGAUGGCGUGGGGAGUUGCGGAUUCACAAGACAUGAACCUCUGAAAGUACGCUUUUUGGCGUCGCAAAGGAUUGUCAGUAGCACGAGGCAAACACUGCGGCAGGAGGCGAAUUUGGAAAAGGCGACUGUUGCCACAAUCCCUCGCGUUCGCCUGGAAACGCCAGCCCAGUUCGAAGACAUUUUGCGGACCGGGCUGCCAGUUAUUAUCUCGAACGCCAACUUCGGUGGCUGUGUGCAGAAGUGGACACCUUCAUAUAUGAUAGACCGAAUUGGGUACAAUACCAAGGUUGUCGCACAUGAAUGCAAACAUGAUCAUGAAAGAAUGGACUUCAACUCAAAGAACUUCCGAUACAUUACUGAGCCUUUUGGCAAAGUCAUGGAACGUGCCGAGGCCGGGGAAAGGAUUUACUUACGCGCACUAUCCCGAGACAAACCGUCAGAACGACCAGCUAAUAUCCAAGACGACUUUUCGGCAUUAGCGGAGGAUUUUUGCCUGCCAAGGGAGCUGGACUCGGCCAACCGGUGCCUAUUCAGCUCUGUUCUUAGAGUAUCGGGGCGUAUAAAUAUGUGGCUACACUAUGAUGUCAUGGCCAACGUCUAUGCCCAAGUGGCAGGAUCAAAGCGCAUGGUACUGUUCCCUCCUCGCGAUGUAGAACACUUGCAAUUUGCUCCCGGGGCAUCUAGUUCAAGCCUCAACGUCUUUUCAGAGCUAGAAACGUCGCGGAUGGCUGCGACACACCCGUACGAAGCAGUGCUUGCUCCGGGAGACAUGUUAUUUCUUCCCCCAUGCUGGCCACACGCAGCUGCAACGAUCACGGACUGGGGCAUAGCUGUAAAUGUCUUCUUUCGAGACUUGGAAAGCGGAUACGCUAUUGGCAGGGAUGUGUAUGGUAACCGAGACCUCGCUGCAUAUGAGAAGGGGCGGUUAGAAGUUGCCCGCGUGGGGAAAAGCUUUCAACAUCUCCCAUUAGAGACGCGUCGAUUUUACCUGAAACGACUGGCAGAGGAACUAGAAUCGACUGCUGAAGGGGUAUAG